AUGGAGCUACAAGGGAGGCUGGUUACGGAGGAGAGGAGGCGGCGUGAGGCAGAGCGGGCGGCGGAAGAUGCGAAAAAAGAGAUGCAGGGGAAAGAAGGGAAGAUUCAAGAGCAGGAAGGGAAGAUUAAGGAGCAGGAAGAGCAGCUUCAGGAGCUUAGAGGGAUGCUGGUCACAGCGGAGGGGAGGGGGCGUGAGGCAGGGCGGGCGGCGGAAGAGACAAAACAAGAGAUGCAGGGGAAGGAAGGGAAGAUUCAAGAGCAGGAAGAGCAGUUUCAGGAGCUUAGAGGGAUGCUGGUCACAGUGGAGGGGAGGAGGCGUGAGGCAGAGCGGGCGGCGGAAGAGACAAAACAAGAGAUGCAGGGGAAGGAAGGGAAGAUUCAAGAGCAGGAAGAGCAGCUUCAGGAGCUUAGAGGGAUGCUGGUCACAGCGGAGGGGAGGAGGCGCGAGGCAGAGCGGGCGACGGAAGAGGCAAAACAAGAGAUGCAGGGGAAGGAAGGGAAGAUUCAAGAGCAGGAAGAGCAGCUUCAGGAGCUUAGAGGGAUGCUGGUCACAGCGGAGGGGAGGAGGCGUGAGGCAGAGCGGGCGACGGAAGAGGCAAAACAAGAGAUGCAGGGGAAGGAAGGGAAGAUUCAAGAGCAGGAAGAGCAGCUUCAGGAGCUUAGAGGGAUGCUGGUCACAGCGGAGGGGAGGAGUCGUGAGGCAGAGCGGGCGACGGAAGAGGCAAAACAAGAGAUGCAGGGGAAGGAAGGGAAGAUUCAAGAGCAGGAAGAGCAGCUUCAGGAGCUUAGAGGGAUGCUAGUCACAGCGGAGGGGAGGAGUCGUGAGGCAGAGCGGGCGACGGAAGAGGCAAAACAAGAGAUGCAGGGGAAGGAAGGGAAGAUUCAAGAGCAGGAAGAGCAGCUUCAGGAGCUUAGAGGGAUGCUGGUCACAGCGGAGGGGGGGAGGCAAGAGGAGAGGAGGCGUGAGGCAGAGCGGGCGGCGGAAGAGGCAAAACAAGAGAUGCAGGGGAAGGAAGGGAAGAUUCAAGAGCAGGGAGUGAAGCUUCAGGAGCAGGAAGUGAAGCUUCAGGAGCAAGAAGUGAAGCUUCAGGAGCAGGAAGUGAAGAUUCAGGAGCAAGAAGUGAAGCUUCAAGAGCAAGAAGUGAAGCUUCAGGAGCAAGAAGUGAAGCUUCGAGGGCAAAACAAGAAGGUGGUAAAUGAGGCUGCAGAGGGCCAGCAGAGCGGCCAGCAGGCAGAGAUCACCAGGAUCGAGGUACUGCGCUGCUUCCGACCUGCCCACCCAUUCCAUCAUCCUUGCCUCAUUUUCCCUUCUUCCCUCCUACCCCUCCCCUGCUUUGCAUGUUCUCCUCCCUCUCACCAACGGUGCUUCCCCCUUCCUCUCCCCUUCCUCCAACUGUGCUUCCCCUCUCCACCCCCCCUCAUCCCCCAUCCCCACAGGACCAGCUUUGCUUCUUUUGAGGAGGAGGAGAAGGAUGAGGAGGAGGAGGAGAAGAAUGAGGAGGAGGAGGAGGAGGAGGAGGAGGAGGAGGAGGAGGAGGAGGAGGAGGAGGAGGAGCAGAGGGGUGAGGAGUUGGAGGAGCAGAGGGGUGAAGAGUUGGAGGAGCAGAGGGGUGAGGAGUUGAGAAUGGUGGAGAAGCGCCCGAGGAGGGGAGAGGAGUUGGAGGAGGUGAUGGUGCGAGAGGCAAAGAGGAGGGCGAAAAAGGAUGGACUAUCACUGGAGGAAGCAGCAAGGAGGGUGCCAGAGGUGCAAGAAGGGGAGGUGAUGGCAGGAGAACUAGUGAGUGAGAGACUUGUGGGGCAGGAGGAGAGAGUGAUAGAGAGUUUGGCAGGGCAGGAGGAGGGAGUGGGUGAAAGACUGGGGGGCCAGGAGGAGGAGGUAAUGGGUGAAAGACUGGGAGGGCAGGAAGAGGAGGGAAUGAAUGACGAACAAGGGAUGCAGGAAGAGGAGGAGGAGGUAGUGGGUGAAAGACUGGAAGGGCAGGAAGAGGAGGGAGUGAAUGACGGACAAGGGAUGCAGGAAGAGGAGGAGGGAGGGAGUGAGAGACCAAGGAGGCAGGAGGAGGAGGAAGGGGGAAGUGAGAGACUAGGGGGGCAAGAGGAGGAGGAAGAUAUGGGGAGCCAGCUGAUAGUGCGCCAGAGACCAAGGGGAGGGGGAGGGACGCGGCUGCAGCUGAGGGAGCAAGGGGGGAGGAGGGAGCGGCGGCCGUUCACCGUGGACGAGGUAGCGUCGCUGAUGGCUGCUGUGGAAAAAAUUGGUACUGGCAGAUGGAAAGAAGUGCAGCGGAGGGCGUUUGCCAAUUCAAUGUACCGGACAGAUGGGGACCUCAAAGACAAGUGGAGGAAUCUGUUGCGUACGGCUCAGAUCGAGGCACAUUUGCGCCGGUGCAGGGUGGAGGAGGAGAAGUUGCCAGAGGAGCUGUUGAAACGAGUGAAGCAGCUGCAAGAGUACUGGAAAGAGCAGCGCAAAAUACGACGAGAGAGGCAACGUCGACAAAGGUGCUCUGUGAGAGCAGCAAGAAGAGCUCGCAGCAGCAGCGCAGAAAAUGGAGGUGAAUCUAGAGGAGCAGCGGGCGAAGGAAGAGGGGCAGCAGGUGGGGCAAACGGGGUUGGGGGUGAAGUGACUGCAGGCAGAGGCGGAGGCCGCAGGCGGGCGGGGGUGGGGCAGGCAGAGGUGGGGCAGGGGGAGGUGGGGCAGGGGGAGGUGGGGCAGGGGGAGGUGGGGCAGGGGGAGGUGGGGCAGGGGGGGGGUGGGGCAGAGGGGGGUGGGGCAGGGGGAGGUGGGGCAGGGGGAGGUGGGGCAGGGGGAGGUGGGGCAGGGGGAGGUGGGGCAGGGGGGGGUGGGGCAGGUGGAGGUAAGGCAGGCGGAGGUGGGGCAGUGGCGCAAAGCCUGGGUGGUUGCAGAAGGAGAGUGGCAGAGGUGGAGGUGCGGCAGGCGGAGGUGGGGCAGGCGGAGGUGAGGCAGGUGGAGGUGCGGCAGGCGGGUCGGAUCGACUGUGAUGAGGAGGCGAGUCGACAGCAGCAACUGGAGCGCCUCAAGAGCAGCAGGGAGCAGCAGCGUCUGGGCGCCCAACAGCAUCUAGAUGGCCAACUGAGGGGUGCGCCUCAAGAGCAGCAGGGAGCAGCAGCGUUUGGCCGUCCCGCACUGAGCUCAUCCGUGGUCGAAAUAGAGGAUUCUGAGGAUGAAGACAGUGAUGUAGCACUGCAACCUGCAACACAGGAGAAUGCUUCUUCCAACAUUAAUCUUGACCUUGGUCAAGACGAGGAGGUAAAAAGGGCGAUGGACGCGAGAGACGAGGAACGGCGACAAAAGGGUGAGCUGGUGAGGAGAGUAGUGGAGUUGGAGGAGAGGUGGCUAGAGGCAGAAGAGUAUGCUUCUCAACUGGAGGAAGCAGUGACGAAGGUGCAGGAGGCAAAGAAAGAAGAGGUGGUGGUAGCGGAGAUAACACCAGAGGGAGUGGCAGAGCAAGGGGAGGAAGUAAAGAGGAUUAUAAAGGGACGAGGCAUUGCAAUUGGCGGACGAGCGGGCAAGGAGGGGAGAGGAGUUGGAGGAGCAGAGGGAUGGGGCAUUGUGGUCGGCGGAGCAGCGGGCAAGGGAAGCAGAGGAGUUUAG